UGCGCGGAGCCGUGGCCGCGCCCGCUCCCGCCGGGGGGCUCGUCGCUGGGCGGCCGGGCCAUGGGGGAGGCUGAGGUGGGCGGCGGCGGCGCGGCGGGCGACAAGGGGCCGGGCGAGGCGGCCACCAGCCCGGCCGAGGAGACGGUGGUGUGGAGCCCCGAGGUGGAGGUGUGCCUCUUCCACGCCAUGCUGGGCCACAAGCCCGUCGGUGUGAACCGGCACUUCCACAUGAUUUGUAUCCGGGACAAGUUCAGCCAGAACAUUGGUCGUCAGGUCCCAUCCAAGGUCAUUUGGGACCACCUGAGCACCAUGUAUGACAUGCAGGCCCUGCAUGAGUCUGAGAUUCUUCCAUUCCCGAAUCCAGAGAGGAACUUCGUCCUUCCGGAAGAGAUCAUUCAAGAAGUCCGAGAAGGAAAAGUGAUCAUUGAAGAGGAAAUGAAAGAGGAGAUGAAGGAAGACGUGGACCCCCACAACGGGGCCGACGAUGUUUUUUCAUCUUCAGGAAGCUUGGGGAAAGCCACAGAAAAACCCAGCAAAGACAAAGACAAGAACUCCUCAGACUUGGGGUCCAAAGAAGGGGCGGACAAGCGGAAGCGCAGCCGUGUCACCGACAAAGUCCUGACCGCCAACAGCAACCCCUCCAGCCCCAGCUCCGCCAAGCGGCGCCGAACAUAGAUGCUCCCCGGGGCGCAGAGGAAGGCGGCCGGGCGGGAGCCGUGCUCACCAGGCAGGCAGCUGGCCAGACGCCGGAGGCCCCGCACUGCCCGCUCAGACCAUCUGGGCUCUGGUGGACCCUCGGGCCCAGGACGCCUGCUCUCAGGCAUUGAGAGGUGUGAGUUGCGAGCCAGGCUCUGUCUUCUCUGGACGUCCACGCAUGACUGCCCGUGGUGUGGCAUCAGCUCCACCUCUGCUGAAGCGCGGGUGGGCCUGAGGCUCCUGGCCGCGGAGGCAGAGUGGGCCAGGCGGAGACCCGGCACGGCAGGCAGUAGAACGAGUUCCCCUCCCGCCUCUGAGGAGCGCUGGUGUUCCCGGGUGACUCGGCUCUUCCCAUGCAUCCAUCCGUCCAUCUGUCCAUCUGUGAGCCACUCCUACAGUGACUGCCUCCUCAGGAGACAGUCAGGCCCCUGGGCCCAUGCCGUGCCCCCCUCGCCGCCUGAGAAACCGAGGACUGGAUGUUUGCCUCAUUCACUUGUACUGUAACGAUGUAUAUAAUUUGGUCGGUGUUUCAUUAUUUAAUUUUUAAGAAGCCUAUUUUACUAGUGUUUUUUAUGAGGAAAAUACUGCAGAAGUUGAACCUGUGUUGUAUUUUUUCUGAGAUGUUUUGUUUUAAGGUGAUGACUACUGAGGUACUUUUUGCUCAGUUUUUAUAUGCCAGUACAGAGAAUUUGUAGCAGUUAUUUUUGUAUUACUGAGUAGCUAGCAAACAGACCAAAUGAGUGAGUGAGGGGAAGGCUCAGCCGUGGGCUGCCCAGGCGGUGGCCCCAGGGUGACUAAACACUGCCGUUCGACUGCGGAACAUUAAAGCACAAAAAGCAA